AUGCUCACCGAUUUCCAGAUCUUACUCGGAUUUCUUAUCUGUGUUUGCCUCCUCUACCGCUUCAGGCAUCUCUUUACAGAUGAUGAACCCCCACCGGAACCGUCAGAUAUAACGGUGAAUAAAGAGUUCUGGAAAUAUGGCGGAGACGUCUUCCUCGAUGCUCAGAAUAGUACCCGCUUUCGUGUCCACAAGGACGUACUCAUUCGCAAUUCCGACGUAUUUCGCACUGAUCUCCAAGUGCUGGACUCUCGACGCGCCGAUGCGGAUAUCGUUGAUGGUUGUCCUGUCCUCUACGUGGCGGAUUAUCCCGAUGAUCUUAUAUAUCUGCUGCGUGUGUUCUACGACGACAGAGCCAAUCGAAUGGCGUCGCGCGGUCUUUGCGUGCUUAUGGAAGUGGAGGCACUUACCAGGAUGGCGAUCAAGUACCAGGUUGCCGACGUGCGGAACGACUGUGUGUCGCGGAUGAGGUCGUUCUUCACGGACCAGUUUGCGGAUUGGGACAAACACAUGAGUCAUGGCGGUUUAAGAAGCGAUUCGAUCAGAUUGGAGGCGCAGAAUGAGGCGAUCUCCGCGGUAAACCUCGCCCGCCUCACGGGUCAACACUCCAUGCUGCCCACGGCUCUGUUGCUGUGUUGCGAUAUACCUCAAGACGAGCUCGCGGCAGGCGUACGCCUUCGAAACGGCAGGCUCGAUCGCUUGUCUCCUGAGGACCUCAAGAAGUGCGAGGAGGGCAGGAAGACUAUCAAGAAGGCACACCUUGUUGGACGGGGUCAAAUCUGCCACUUCGGUACUGCGGGCUCGGAUUGCCCUCGCAAGACAUGUGCGGAGGUCUUAGCAGGCUGGCUGUCCACCGAUCGAAUUGCCUUGGAGCGCUGCAGCGAUCAGUUUAAUCUGGCGGAGCACGAACUCUGCGAUUACUACAAGCUGUGCGAACAGUGCAGUGUAACCGUGCGGGCAAGCAUCAUUGAUUAUCGGCGGGCAUUCUGGAAAAUGCUGCCCUCCUUCUUUAAGCUUGGUGAUUGGCCGCAGCUUUAG